UCUUCCUUUGUUUUCUCUGUCGCUUAUUUCUCAACUCUCUACCCAUUUCUUCAACUCUUCUACUGCCUCUCAAGGUUGAUUCCUCAACCUUACUGAAUUUUCUCACUUGGGUUUUCCUUCUUUUCGAAUAUUUGUUCACCUUCGUAUUUUAAUUUUCGGUGCAGACAUGGAAGACGAAGAGAAAGACGUCACGGAAGUUGAUCACCAAGAGAGCAAUGCAGAAGAAGAUAGAGACGCAAACUCAAGAGUGUUUCCGUGCCUCUUUUGUUCAAGAAAGUUUUACAGUUCUCAAGCACUGGGAGGGCACCAAAACGCUCAUAAGAAAGAAAGAACGGCUGCAAGAAAAGCGAAACGCGCUUCUGACUACGCUUCCUCGAUGAAUUUCCCAAUACUAUCCCAUAACACACAACCCCACAUGGUUUUUACUCCAAACUAUCACUUAGGCCUCUUGCAUCCGUAUAUAACUCCCCAUGCAUCCAAUCUCCGAUACUUUCCGAAUCCUGACCAGUUCUCAUCAGACAGUUUCGGAUCCAACGGAGCACCAAAGUUUGAGAAUUUAGUAUAUUAUGGUGGGAAUUGCUCGUCGCCGAGCAAUAACAUGAAUGGUUAUCAGUGUGAGGAGGAUGAUCAAAGUUUCUUAAAUUGGCAGAGGAGCAUAAGAAGAUAUAACGGCCUCAGUGGAGGAGGUUCAUCACAACAUUCAUCAAUGGCGAAUGGGAAUCACAAUUCCGGGAUUGGUGGUGAAUGUAAGGGUAAAGAGCAAAAGCUUGAUCUUUCUCUCCAUUUGUAGAAAUAGUGAGGGUGGAUUGUGGAGUUGCAA